AAAUGAAAAACAAAUAAGGAAAGGGUUUCACUUUGUCUGAAAUCUAAAUUUCUCAAAUCCUGAGUUUGCUUCUCUCUCUAUCUCUCUCCCCUCUGAUCUUUUAUGGAGGCGACCAAAAGGUAAAGAAGAAGAAGAUAAUUGGGUAUUUCUCUUUAGCUGAAACUUCAAAUCUCUUGAGCUUAAACUCAGUUUACAGGUACUCUUUGUUUUUGAGCAUCGAUUGUUCAAUAAAUCUAGAUAAUCUCAUAGACAUUUCUUAUCCUGAUUUCAUUUUCCAUUUCGCCUAUUUGGGGAUUUCUCGUACUCCCGAUUAAGAUGUCUGAGUUUCAGAUCUGACUUUUGGUUGUUCGUAGAAUAAAGGGUAAUAAUUAAAAUUAAAAUAAAAAUCAAUAUUUUCUUUGGUAUGGAUUUCAAUUGAGUUAUUGUUAUAUCAUGUUCUGUAGAUUUCCCUUGAAAUAUAGAAAAAUUUCAGCAAAAUUAUUGGUUUUAGUUUGAGAUAUAAAAUAUGGUGAGGGAACAAAGAGUUGAAUCCUUCUAUAAUCGAUUACGUGAAGCAGCUUCAGCUUGUCCUCUUUCACCUCUACUAAUAUUCCCUUCAACAUCUGAUGUCGAUUCACUUUGUGCCCUAAAAAUCAUUUUCCACGUCCUUGAAUCUGAUUCUAUCCGCUAUGCUUGUUACCCAGUUUCAUCAUUCAAAGAGAUAGACAAAUAUGCAGGUUCUUCUCUUUCUUCAUCUGAUAAACCUGUUUCUAUUCUUCUCAUAAAUUGGGGAUGUCAUCGAGAUCUUCGUAAGAUUCUCUCUCUAGGACCUAAAGCUAAGGUUUUCGUUGUUGAUUCACAUCGUCCAAUUCAUCUUCAUAAUCUUAGUGAUUUAAAUGAUAGAGUAAUUGUUCUUUACACUAGAGAAGAUGAACAGCAAGCUGAUUUGGCUUAUGAUUUUGAUGUUUCUGCGCUAUCGAAUGCAUCUGAUUUGAAUAGCGAUGAUGACAUUGAUGAGGAUGGUGAUAGUGAUGAUGAGGAUAGUGAGAGUGAGAGCGAGGAUGAAAAUAACAGUCAAGGUGGUAGGUCUCGUAAACGCAGAAGAGUUUCGGAUGAUGCAGACUCUGACCCGGUUAAGCUUUUCCGAAAAUUGAAGAAGGAUUAUUAUCAUUUGGGAACUUUUCAUGGAAAGCCUUCAGGGUGUUUGAUGUUUGAUCUAUCUCAUUCUCUUAGAAAGAAUACAAAUGAGUUACUUUGGUUAGCUUGUGUUUCUUUAACUGAUCAGUUUGUGCACGAAAGACUGACUAAUGAAAGAUACCAAGCUGGAGUGAUGGAGCUUGAGCAACAUAUCAAUGACUCGGGUAAUCUGGAGGCAAUUACUUCAGUGACACUAAAAGAUGGGACGAAGAUCAGGGCACCGGAUUCUGCCAGAAUUGCUUAUGAAGAUGAACCAAGACUGAUGCUACUAAGGGAAUGGAAUCUGUUUGAUUCAAUGCUGUGUUCAUCCUACAUUGCACCCAAACUGAAGACUUGGAGCGACAACGGAUUGAAGAAACUUCAACUUCUUUUGGCUCGGAUGGGAUUCGCUCUUGUGGAUUGCCAGCAAAAGUUUCAGUAUAUGAACCUCGAAGUAAAGAAGAAAAUGAAAGAUGAAUUCGAACGUUUCCUACCUGAAUAUGGACUUAAUGAAAUCUACUAUAGAAGCUUCUUACGGUUGCACGGCUAUAGUUCUAAGGUAUCUGCUGCUGAUGUGGUGUAUGGAGUUACUUCACUGCUUGAAUCAUUCGUACAAUCAGAUGGGUCUUGUGCUUCUAAUCAGUUUGGUGUUGCUUAUGACGCCUUAUCCUUGAACAAUCUUACUACAUUGAGGAAGGGGAUGCAAGGCGCAAUUAGGGUACAGCGGGCAAUUCUUAGGCAAGGAAGAGCAGCUAUCACCAAGAGCGGCUCGAUAAGAAGUGGCAGAAAAUUCAGAUGGGUAAAGCUAGAAGAUGCUGCAGACACAAAGUUAUUGGGAUAUCCUCAGGCAUUAACCAAGUUUUGUUAUUUCUUAAUGGAUGCUUUGAGGGAGAAGGGAGCAAAAAUGAAACCCCUGAUUUGUGCUUGCUUAGCACAAGAACCCAACAAGGUUUUGAUAGUCGGUGUUUGUGGGAAACCAAGGCUUGGGGCAGUACAGGGAAAUGCAUUUGGGGUUGCGUUUAGGGCUGCAGCUGAGGAGAUUGGAGCAGAUUUCUUUCAUGAAUUGUUUGAGUCUUCAUGGAUUGUUUUAGAUACUAAGUUUGUUAAUUCUUUUAUGAUUAGGCUAACUGAAAAGCUCUGAUAAUGUUGGGUUUUCAAUUUGCGAAGUGUUGCAGUUUAGUUGAAUUUCAGGUUUCAUAUAAUAUACGAAUAUCUUCCUGAA